UGUCGCCCGGCCUGUGUGGAGCUCGCUGGCGGCAGGCGCAGCGGUGGCGGCGGCGCGGCGCAGGCACCGGCUCGGGAGCGGGGAGCGGCACCAUGAGCGGAUCACAGAACAAUGACAAAAGACAAUUUCUUCUGGAGCGACUGCUGGAUGCAGUAAAACAGUGCCAGAUUCGCUUUGGAGGGAGAAAAGAGAUUGCUUCGGAUUCUGAUAGCAGGGUAACCUGUCUGUGUGCUCAAUUUGAAGCCGUCCUGCAGCAUGGCUUGAAGAGGAGCCGAGGAUUAGCACUCACAGCAGCAGCGAUCAAACAGGCAGCAGGCUUUGCCAGCAAAACUGAGACAGAGCCUGUGUUCUGGUACUAUGUGAAGGAGGUCCUCAACAAGCACGAGCUGCAGCGCUUCUACUCCCUGCGCCACAUCGCCUCGGACGUGGGCCGGGGCCGGGCCUGGCUGCGCUGCGCCCUCAACGAGCACUCUUUGGAGCGCUACCUGCACAUGCUUCUGGCCGACCGAGGCAGGCUCAGCACUUUUUAUGAAGACUGGUCUUUCGUGAUGGAUGAAGAAAGGUCUAGUAUGCUUCCUACCAUGGCAGCUGGUUUGAACUCCAUACUUUUUGCCAUUAACAUUGACAACAAGGAUUUAAAUGGGCAGAGUAAGUUUGCUCCCACUGUCUCCGACCUCUUAAAGGAGUCAACGCAGAAUAUGACCUCCUUGUUGAAGGAAUCCACACAAGGAGUGAGCAGUCUUCUCAGGGAGAUCACGGCCUCCUCUGCUGUAUCCAUCCUCAUCAAACCUGAACAGGAGACUGACCCUCUGCCUGUUGUAUCUAAGAACGUCAGUGCUGAUGCCAAAUGCAAAAAGGAGCGGAGGAAGAAAAAGAAAGUGACCAACAUUAUCUCAUUUGAUGAUGAGGAGGAUGAACAGAACUCUGGGGACAUUUUUAAAAAGAUACCUGGGGCAGGGGAGAGCUCAGAGGAAAACUCAGACCGCUCCUCAGUCAAUAUCAUGUCAGCCUUUGAAUGCCCCUUUGGGCCAAAUUCCAAUGGAAGCCAGAGCAGCAACUCAUGGAAAAUUGACUCUCUGUCUCUGAAUGGGGAGUUUGGGUACCAGAAACUUGAUGUGAAAAGUAUCGACGAUGAAGACGUAGAUGAAAAUGAGGAUGAUGUAUAUGGGAGCUCACUGGGAAGGAAGCACAUGGGCCACUCAGGGUCACCAGAGAAGCCACUGGAUGGGGAUGCCUGCCUCUCCCAAGUGCACAGCUGGGCUCCAUUGCAGGUGCUACAUGGUGACAACGAUGUCCUCUUCCCUGUCAGUGGAGUGGGCUCCUGUGGUUCCACAGGUGUGCCUCUGGGAAGCCUGGAGAAUGGGACAGCACCGAACAACCACCUUUUGGCAGAGCCUGGGCUUCGGUACAGUGUGGAAACCAGUUCUCCAGGCCAAGGAAGUCCUCUAACCAACCUGUUACCUUCUGCCUCAGUGCCAGAGUCAAUGACAAUUAGUGAAUUGCGGCAAGCCAUUGUAGCCAUGAUGAAUAGGAAGGAUGAAUUGGAAGAAGAGAACAGGUCGCUGAGGAACUUGCUUGAUGGCGAGAUGGAGCACUCAGCUGUGCUGCGGCAAGAGGUGGAUACCUUGAAAAGGAAGGUGGCUGAGCAGGAGGAGCGGCACACCAUGAAGGUCCAGGCAUUGGCAAGAGAAAACGAGGUGCUUAAGGUCCAGCUGAAGAAAUAUGUAGGAGCUGUCCAGAUGCUGAAAAGAGAAGGUCAAACAGCUGAAGUUGUGCCGAAUCUCUGGAAUGUUGAUGGAGAAGUCACUGUCCCUGAACAGAAGCCCGGAGAAGUUGCUGAAGAGCUAGCAAGCUCCUAUGAAAGGAAGCUCAUUGAGGUGGCCGAGAUGCAUGGGGAGCUGAUCGAGUUCAAUGAACGCCUGCACCGGGCCUUGGUGGCCAAGGAGGCCCUCAUAUCCCAGAUGCGCCAAGAGCUCAUUGACCUCCGGGGGCCGGUGCCUGGAGAUUUGAGUCAAACAUCCGAAGACCAGAGUUUGUCGGAUUUUGAAAUAUCAAACAGGGCGCUGAUCAACGUCUGGAUCCCAUCAGUGUUUCUCCGUGGCAAAGCAGCAAAUGCGUUCCAUGUUUAUCAGGUUUAUGUCCGGAUAAAAGAUGAUGAGUGGAAUGUGUACCGACGAUACACAGAGUUCCGGGGUUUGCACCACAAGCUGCAAAACAAAUACCCUCAAGUGCGGGCCUACAACUUCCCACCCAAAAAAGCCAUUGGAAAUAAGGAUGCCAAGUUCGUAGAGGAACGGAGAAAGCAGCUCCAGAGUUACCUGCGCAGUGUCAUGAACAAAGUCAUUCAGAUGGUGCCUGAGUUUGCUGCCAGCCCCAAGAAGGAGACUCUGGUACAGCUGGUGCCUUUCUUCGUUGACAUCACCCCUCCUGGAGAGCCUCUGAACAAGAACAACCGACCCAAAGUGGCUUCCCGCUUCCCCAAGUUGUCCCGCGGCCCUCCGAGGGAGACGCGCAAUGUGGAGCCCCAGAGCGGUGACCUCUGACCUCAGCGGAAUCCUGCACCCUGGCUGCUCUGUCUGGCCUAGCUAUGGCAGCUGGCCCUGACGCCUUGGUGUGAUGCCUGCAUCCACCUGGUGAACCCCAGAGAGCUCACCUUCCUGCGGGCCACAUGCCACCCUGAUUAAACUGCUUGGUCUCAGAGCACCAGGUCCCUGUCCGUACAGCAAGAUCACUCCUCACUGCAGACUGGAACAUGUGGUCAUUACUCACCUAGGGCAGCAAAAGCUGCCCAUCCCAUUCCUGCAGCUUGGGACCAGCAGCAGGCUAGGCUCCCAGUUAGACUGGGAACUCCUGGCUGAGAUGCACAACUCCAGUGACUCUCCAGCAAGGGGGGAGAAUGACUGUUAGCCUUUCUUGCUCUUCUUAAUGUACAGUAUUUGCCUCUAUGACCCAUGCACAAAUGGAGGGACCUUGCUCCUUUCCAUUUCACGCUGCACCAUGGUCGGCUGGCACCCAGUCGCAUUUCCACUGUGGCCCUCACUGGCAUCUCUCCUCCCGCAGACAUUCCCCAUGGCUUUAUGAAGGAGCCUUCAAUGACAUUUCUCUCUGAUUCUUAGAAAAUUUCCCCGCCCUCUUUGCCUUUGGCCUCUGGAAGCACUGGCCAUGUAGGAAGCCCAAGCAAGGCUUAUCAGGGGCUCGCAGGCAGGUGGAAACCCUGGCCCCUCUGAACAUUGGUGGUGUUGGCCUCAGGUCCUGAGGGACUUGACUUAGGGAACCAUUGUAGAAGGGUCUGUGGGCCCUUAGGCUUUCAGACUCAGCUCCUGUCCAAUAGUUCAUGGUUACACCCUCAAGUCACAUUGACCAUGUAUCAUCUGUCUCCAAACAAGCUCCCAGUGGGUAUAGAAUCCUGUCUUUAAGAGUAUUCAUUCUGUUCCUCCUGCCUUAGGGUAGGGUGUCAUAGGGUGUCUCAGAGCCAGGAGAAGGAAGAGGACCACCAUAUGGCAGCCUGCACACCCCUUGGACCCCCCUGGUCAGAGGGUUUCAUGGACCCCAGCUGGUGGCUGCUUAAUCUACAGUCAUGAAACUGCUCCUACCUAGUCAGAAGCCUCCUGUAUGGCUGAGUGCAGCUGAGAGGAUUUGCAGAAUGGACCAUGAAAAAAAUCAUGUGUGUUCAUCUUUCCCAGUGGCAGGUGGAGGUGUGAGGAAUUCUAUGCAUGAGGUGACCAUGGAAGCCACUGCAGUUUGCACUAGAACUGCUCCAACUCACUGUUUGACAUCUUGGUGAACCACCUGGUGAGCAUGGAGCAUUCCUAACUCAAGGAAAACUUGGGAAAGAAUCACUUGGAAGAUGGGCACUUCCUGGUCCCCCAGUCGCCCGAGGGAAGCUUCUCCAGACAGGGCACACUCAGGUCACUGCCACACAGUCCCGCAGGGAAGCAGAGGAGGUGCCAUGGGCUCUCGGCUCCUCAGGCCAGAUGAAGCAGAGUGAGCCUGCUGUUCCAGUGGCCGGCUGCGGGGCACGGGCUCUUCCGGAGGGAGCUCUGCCUUUUGGAAAGCAAUGUGUUCCUCUCCUAAUCAGCCCAAAUAGCUGGUGUUUGCGUUUGGGCACCAAGCAUUGAUGGGGCUGCUGUGCCCUCGACUGAGAAUACACAGCCUUCCUGAACCAAACAGCCAGGCUCAGGCCGCCACCUGCAAGACUGUCUCAGAACUGGCCUCUGAACAAGAGCUGUGCUGAAACCACUUCCCUGUUCUAUGUGCUCCACUAGGGAGGAGAACUCGCUAUCCCUGGGGUCCCCCCUGGUCCCAGGGUCCAGGUUAGGACCCAAAACUCACCUUCUCCAGCUACCCCACCAGUGAGACUCAACACCUUCUAGACCCUGGAUUAAAAGAAAAAAAGAAAAAAAAAAAAAAAAAAGAACAACCAAAGAUACCAAGAGCUACAAUCAACUCCACCUCCUUGCUUUAUAAAGCUUAUUCAUAGAAAACUUGCUGAGCCCUCCUACUAUGCCGAAUGGAAAAGCACAUUCCCUGGGGCCCCAUGGGAAUGCUCCAGCCAGCCACUAGCUGUCUGUCCCUCCUCUUAGAUCUCCCAGAGGCCCUAGCAUCACUCUCAGGCUGUGGGUUGUCUGCCCCCUGUCACUUUACUUCCCAAGUGCUUGGCCUCUGCCCAAUGUGCAUGUAUGUGACUCCUGUGGAGCUGUUGAAACAGUGGCAGGUCUGUUGUACCUGUAAAACAGCAGGCAGCCGAAAGCUGUUUACAUCUGUCCACCUGAUACCAGCAGGCCACUCAUUAGGUUCCAGGUUUGGGCCCCAGAGCGAGGAAAUGGGAACAGAGACACAACCCUCGCCCAGUGGGUGCCACACAGGGCCACCUCUGGGGCUUACUUUCCUUACCCUAAACCAGCUCAGUAGCCUUGGUGGCUACCACAUUGUCACUGAGUUCACAGGAUGCUUUACUCAUGUGAGGACCUGGUUAUGCCAUUACAGGCCUUGGCCCCACAGCUCCAUCCGCCUGUGCCACUUAGAGCUGCUGGCCAACCUGUUGUACAGAGGCCAGGCCUGCACUCCAGAGGCCAGGCACACACCUUCCUCCAGACCCACCUCUCAUUGUCCAGCCCUUCCACACACACCCUGACCCCAGCCUGACCAGCUCUCCGGAAGCUCCUCCAGCCCUGAUGUGCAACCAGUGGCCAAGACAGGGCUGGGUCAGUAGCCCCUGGCCCUGGCCCAGCCCCAGCAUGUCUGACUGUGUCCCCAAAGGGGUGAACUUGGGCCCAAGUCCCAAUCCCAGUGGCAGUGACUGUCUUGACUUCUCGGUGUCACUCCAAACGAUGCCAGACGUGGGCCACCUCUGCAGCCUGGAGGCUCCAACCUGGCAGAUGUGUGCUGAUUUCCGGAGAUAGGCACCUCCUUACAAACAAGGUCUAUUGUAAUGAACAUUUUUCAAAAUAUUGUGCAUUGUUAUUAAAACUAAUGUUAAAUAUUUGCUGUUCAGAUUGGCUUCUGUGCUAAUUUUGCAGAACUGUAGCACUGUAUAUUUUAUCUAACAUUUCUGUGCCAAAAAGUUCAUUUUACUGUUUCAGUAACACAUGGUCUUGAUUAUGUUUCUGAAAUAAAAUUUCAGCUCCUGGAUUGCUAAGAAUGAGGGUUCAGCAUCAUGGCUCCUGCCUCCGCACAGCUGGACCCCAGGGUUCGGCCCGUGGGUCGCCCCGUGCUGCAGUGCACCAGCAAGCUGUUUUUAGCAUGAGCCGUCGUGUGUCAUGGGCCUGAUCACAGUAGCUUCGGAUUCAUCAUGGAUCCCUUACUUUUGUUCUUAAGCUCUAACAACCAAGUUCAAUGGGCUUCCUUGUACCCAAAGUUUUUACAGAAGUCAAAAAGGAAGAGGAUUUGGGUUUCCUUGGAGCGGGCUGAGCUGUGCUGCAGAUGAGCGUCCCCACUGAUCCCUCCUUUUUCUGCCUGGGAGCCACUGGUUGCCUGCCUCCCUCUCCCAACUCUCAGCAGCCACUCAGUUGCUUUUAGAUCCCUGCUUCAGGAAAGAGGACAGGACAUAAGAUGACAUGUUUAUCAUCAGAAGUUGCUGACCCUCAAGAAAGGAGCCCAGAGGUGUGGAUUUCCAGAGUCAGGGAAGAAGAUUGGCCCUUAUCAUCCUGGAAUAAAGCGUUAACCUCUGCAGGGGCCCCGGCUUCUCAGCCCUGGCAUCAAGGAAGGCCGAGAGCGCGCUGCGCCUCACUGGUGUGACCUGAGCUCUUGGAGAAGCCAGCCUUUCCAUGUGGCGCUGGCCGUGCUGAGCAGGGAGUCACCUGGGAGGACCGGGGAGGCUGCGCCAGAGCCUGAGUGGCCGGCAGGCAGGACCUGGCCAGCCACAGGUGCAACUGGAUGUGUAGUACCCUAACUACCCUCUUCUGUUAAGGUUUACAUAAUAGAAUUUUUAAGCAAAUAUGUUUAAUUUUCUAAAACCUCUUGUAUUAAAAUUUUCUUUUGGAAUAAGCUGUGGUAAUUUUGUUACAAUCUGGUUGAGAUAAACCUCUUUACAGUGACAAAAUAAAAUGGCAACAUUUUAU